AUGGCUUGCAGGACUUCACGAGGAAAGAUGGUCCUGAUCGAAGAUGUGGAUGAUGAACCCACCAAGGUAGAGGCAAAGCCGUCUUCCGAGUGGAGGCGCAUUCAGGUGGUUGAGGCGGAUUCCGAUGAUGAUGCGGAGGCGAACGUGGAGCCGCCCAAAGCCAGUCGACCACAGCGAGUUUGGUCAGAUCCAUGCCCGGAUCUGGAGAUCACGUGCACCGUGGCUGGAAUCGAGGACGCCAAGAGUCGUGGCAAUCGCCUCUAUGUGGAUGGCAAACUGGCAGAGAGUGAAAGGUGGUUCACCAAAGCCAUUUGGUUUUACGAGUCGGGCAAGGUCAGAGAGGUCCCAGGCGAUCUGCGUUGUGCCUUGCACACCAACAGAGCCUUGGCUCGUUUGAAGCUGCAACGCUUUGCAGAUGCGGAGCACGACUGCAGCACAGUGCUGGAAGAAAAACCGGAGAAUGGCAAGGCUCGGUACCGCCGAGCGACAGCUCGAUUUGAGCAAGGGAAGCUGGUGCCUGCUUUAGAGGAUGCCAAAAAGGCCUUGCUGUCCUUGCCCACUGAUUCACGUUUGGCACUCUGUCAGCUGGGCGUCGACGUGGGACCACAUGAUACGAUUGUACAGGAGGAUGGCUGGGAUGUGAUCAUGCCAGCAGCAAACGGAUGGUCUGCAUGGAACCCUCAUCGCUUCCAGAUGGUCAGGAAGCUGGAGGAUGCGCCUCGCAACAAUGGCCGGGUUUUGUUGAUGAAAGACACCCUCAACUCGAUGCUGGUGGCAGUAAAACAGGUGCCAACCUGGUGGAUGCUAGGAAAUCACUGCGAAUUCCAGACCGCGUAUCCAUGUGAGACAGAGAUGCCUUGGAUGGAUGUGGCGUACUCCGCUUUUCUCAAACAGGUUGGCUUCCACUGGGCAUGCGAGCUGCUGGGUGUUUAUCGCGAUGAGACUUGCACUUACAUCGUCUCCUCUUUCGCGUCGCAGGGCGAUCUCUUCUACUGGUCUUCCCAGUUGGAUCUUCCGCCCGGCAUGGACCGAGAGGCGGCUGUACAGCCUCUAGCAGUGCAAAUGCUCCGAGCAGUACAAGAGCUGCACGACUUGUCUAUAGCCCACAAUGAUUUAUCUUGUGAAAACAUCCUGGUCACAAAGGUUGAGGACACACUCGAAAUUCGGAUCAUCGACCUUGCUGCUGCCUCCGGUGGGAGAAUUUCCAGCGGCGCGCGAGGGAAGGACAUGUACGCAGCGCCAGAAGUGCACACGGGCAAGAAGUACGAUGCUUUCCUGGCAGAUGCAUUCUCGCUAGGUGCCUCGCCGACUGGAAGUCGCUGCUCCAGGUAUCCUUGGAAUUCCACGAAACCUGGCUGCUGUAAGUCUUUUGAGUACGUUCGCAAACACGGUUUGCGCCAGUACCUGAUCAAGCGAAAGCUCUCCGGAACCAACAUGGUGUUUGCAGAUGUGCUUUCGGAGCCUUGUAUCCACCUGCUGGAGGGUUUGCUAUGCUUUGACCCACAGUACCGUCUUACUCUCGGAGAGAUGGUUUGGUCUGAAGGAGUGGAUGAGACGGCUGAGCGCUGCUCAGUGUGGAGUGAGGAUUGGGUCCUGAGCGCACCUCAGCCUUGGGCCCGAGAGAUCAGUGAAUUUUAAACUGCACGAAAUUGUCGUUUGCAAAGAUUCCACAUGCACGAUUCUGCUGCAGACGUCACGGCAUAGUUUUUUGAGGGCAAC